AUGAAGUCUAAAGCUAAAUGGCCAGUAGUGGUUCUUGAAGUUGGCAUUUCUGAGACUACAGAGAAACUCUAUGAUGAUGUAGAGCAAUGGUUGAAAGGCAGCAGUGGUCAAACCAAAUCUGUGAUACUUGUCGAUGUUCAGAAGAAAGGAAGACAGGAUACUUCGACCGACAAGUGGGAGCUAUCUAAGGUUGAUUUUCUGAAGAGCAGUCAUGACAGCCUCUCUAAUCAUACAUUCCAAUGGUAUCGAUCUAGGAAAAUUCGUGACGAAGACAAGCAAUGUAUCCUGAAUGAGGUCGCCUUUUUACCAGGCAAAUUAAUCGACCUAACGAACAUCCAGGAUGCUCCUUUGAGAUUGGACUAUCUCAUGCCUGAUGGAAGUGAUUUUGAUACUAUUGUUUCCCUUAAGUCAUCUGGUGCGCACGCUACAAGAUGGCCUUGA